GCUUCUUCCAUUCCGGUCGGCGGGAGGGGGAACAGUUGAAGACCUUUACCGGGAUAUUUACCCUCUACUCUCGUUGUAAAGUGCGUAAAACACUUGAGAAUUGCCUCGUAAACUAUUCUAAUCAUACAUAUAGUCAAACAAAUUGCAAAAAAAAUUGUCAUCGAAGAAGGAAUAUCAGUACAAGGAAGUAGUUCUUGCAUUCCUGGCGGGUCAGACCGGAUCGAUACGUGUGUUUGGGCGCUCAUAACCUCAAAUUCGUUGAUCAAUUCAAUUCAUUAAACAUUUUCAAUUGAUAAUCAGGUAUGAUUUAAAGUUGAUCUAGCUUUGCGUAUUUUGUUUUGUUUUGUUGAAACUUCUGGAAGAUGUACAAUGGAAUUGGACUCCAGACCCCCAGGGGGUCAGGUACCAAUGGCCAUGUACAACGUAAUUGGGCGAUUGUUCGGAAGACUAAAGACAGAGUUGACUAUAAAAGUGAAGAAAAGGGAGAUCAGUUGAAUAAACAACCGAAUCAAGAAAUUCUUGAUCACGUUAGGAAGAGAAAGGUUGAGGUUAAGUGUGCAGAGUUGAUGGACAUCUUGGAAGAACAAGGAUUAACAACUGAAGAGAUUAAAUCCAAGGUUUCCACGUACAGAGAAAUGUUGAUGGGGAGUGAUGCCAGGCCUCAAAUGCCUACUGAUGAAUUUGGUCGUGUAAACGUUCGAGAAACACACCAAGUGGCUGAGGCACAACAAGAGAAAAAUGCUAAGCUGAGACAAGCUUUUGGUAUAUCUGAAUAUUUCGUUGAAGGCAGUAGUCUGGAUCCUGAAAGACAUGCCAGAGAAGCUGAAGCCAGGGCUGCUGCUAGUAAAGUUUAUGAGCUUGUGCACAGUCCCAGUCCACCGCCCAUUGAAGAAACACCAGCACCUGAGAAGAAAAACAAAAGAAAGAGAUCGGCCAGCAGUACCAAAAAGAAAAAGGGGAAGAAACAUAAGAGGGACAGGUCCGAAUCACCGAAAAGUAGUAAGAAGAGAGAUAAAGCCAAGAAAAAGAAGAAGGAGAAGAAACACAAGAAGGAAGUUACAACUAGUGACAGUGAAUCGUCGAAUGAGGAUUCUGAUAAUAGCAGUUCCUCUGAGGCUGAAGUUAAGAAAAAGAAACGAAAGAAGAAGAAGAAGUCAAAAGUUGAGAGCAAACACGAGAAAAAAAAGUUGACCAAGAGGAAGCGUCAAAGUUCAUCGAGUUCCUCUGCCUCCUCUCCAGAGCGCCCUAAGAAGCAUCCAAAGACUCCCGAAAGACCUUCAGCCCCUAGUCUUCGUGUUGAGAAAAAUCGAGUUACGAGUCCUCUCCAGAAAGCCCGAGAGACCGAUCGAGAAAGAAAAAAAUCAAAAACUCCUCAGAAGAACUACUCAACAUCCUCUCACAUCUCUCGACGCAAUCGUUCUCCCUCACGAACCCAUGGAGAUCGCAGCAGAAGCUCAAGAUCACCAAGGAGAGUCUCAAGGCAGUCAAGAUCGAGAAGAGUUUCCCCAUCUCCCAGGAGACGAAGGGGUGUGUCUAGAUCCCCAAGGCGACCCUCUCGCUAUUCUCGUUCUCGCAGCAGGAGUCACUCCAGGUACUCCAGGUACGCCAAACGUUACACCCCACCCUCAACAAGCUAUCGACGUCAUAAUUCACGAUCAAGAAGACAUGCAUCAAGGUCGCCGAUAAGAAGAAAUAGACGGGAAAGUUCCAGAGAGAGAAGGAAAAGUAGAUCCAGAUCUAGAUCACAGUUGAAAAGAUCUAUGAGCCGAUCCAGAAGAUCGAGGAGCCAUUCGAGACGCUCGAGUCUUUCUUAUUCCCCAAUCAGAAGACAUCCUGAUCGUUAUCGAGAUGUUUUGGAUGAUAGAAAACGACGUAAGACGUCAGAAAAACCAAAGGCUAAAUCCAGAUCUCCAUCGAAGCAAAAUAAACCGAGAAUCAUCACCCCUAGGGUGUCGCUGAGAUCCUCCAGUGAAGAUGAUGCUGAUCCUGGUGAUGAUGAGCCAAGGCUUGAGGAUGAGGAGAGAAUCAAAGAGCUCAAUACUUUGAAGCAGUUGCAAAGUGGUUUAGCAGCUAAAGCACGUGAAUCACUUGGUAAGAAAAUAAUUUCUCCAAUAAAAAUCAAGACGGAGAGGGAAGAAGAGGAUGAAGAGGAACAGGAGCAAAUCCUGAAUAUUGCUCUGCCCACGGAGCCUCCAAGGGUUCAAAAUAUUCUGAAUGAGAUGAGCAAAUCACCGAAUUGCGAUGCAAAGAUGGAGGAGAAAAGUAAAAAAGAGUUGGGGAAAGUUUCUGGGAGAUCUGUCGAAUCGAGCAGAUCUCCAUCUCCUGCACUACCUCUUACGAGAGAGGAAGCACAGGGGGUAGAAAGUGGAUUUGGUAAGAUGGACAUGGCGAUUCAAUUGAGAUCACCAUCGGAGUCACCACCCCCGGUAUCCAGAUCUCCUGCGAAAAAAUCAUACUCGAGAUCAAGAUCAAGGUCUUCUUCAAGAUCGUUAUCGAGGGAUAAGGUGUCCAGGUCAAGGGAUAAAUCUGUUUCCCCUUCAAAAAGAUCGACAAGUGGAUCUAGGGGAGCUAAAACUGGAUCUGUUGUAUCUCCAACGAGAUCCAAGACCUCCAGGAGAUCUAGAAGUUCAUCAGGUUCGAAGAGAUCUGUCUCGAGAUCACGAUCUGUGUCGUUGAAGAAAAUAAGAAGCCGCAGCAGGUCCAGUCGAAGUGAGGGGAAAAAAUCGAGGAGUCGAUCAGUUACCAAGUCUAGGAGCAGGUCCAGAUCGGUCUCUAGGGGCAGUAGGGACAAGGGAAAGAGGAGUCGAAGUAGGAGUAGCUCAGCAUCUUCGAGGAGUUCUAGACACAGCAGAAGGAGUUUCUCAUCAUCAUCUCGCUCUUCAAGUAGUGGCUCAAGUCGUUCCUCCAGGUCGUCAUCAAGCUCAUCAGGCUCAUCAAGGUCUAGAUCUCCAUCAAUUCCACGUCGUCAUGGCUCUCCGAGUUUCCUUGAUAGACGACGUAUCACCAGAGACAGAUCAAAGGGCAGAGCUAGAAGAUGAAUCCUCGACAUCAAUUACCAUGAAUUUUUUUUGCCAAUUUCUUCAGACACAAGAACAAAUUAGUGAUUUUAUUUUUUUUGCGAUCAUUAUUUCAGUUUCGUAACGAGUGAUUGUUUUUUUGUUUUUUUUUUUUUACGAGUGAAAAAUUAUUUUCACUGGUGCUUUUGUGACGAAUAGACAUCACGGUAUUUUCACAAUUUAUGCAUUAAUUAUAGCAUGAGUGGUCUAAUGUAGUUGAUGUGGAUAUGGAGUGAUGACGAUAAUAAUCAGAUAUUAUUAUUCAGUAGAAAUAAAUAAACUAGUUUUCCUGAAAUAGAAAUCACUUAAAAUUGAUAAAAAUCAUGUCCGACUCAUCUCCAUCAUCCACUGAAUCAGAAACCUGUAAGUUAUUACUGUAAUAAAGUAUUGAUGUACAUCCUGCAAGA